AGUGGCUACGAAACUCCUGAGUACAUUGAAUUACGAAAACGAAAAAUAGAAGCUGAAAUGGAAUCAAGUGACCAACAACCCCUAUAUCAUGUAUUACCUGAAAAAAAGGUAGACACAGUUCGUGGUUCAAUGAUGGCUUCUACUCAUAUGUACGAUAUACCAGCUACUGUUACUAAUAAACCUGGAGAAGUUGAAGUCAGCUUAGAUCCUUCUGAAUUAGAAUUAGCAGGAGAUGUUGAAGCUAUGGCUGCUAGAUAUGAGCAAACAAUGAAAGACCAACAGGGCAAUGAAAAUGAUAGUAAAGAGUUUGAAAAGAAAAAAGGACAAAAACGUAAAACGUCUCAAGAAUCAAAAACUAGCAAAAAAUAUAAAGAUUUCAAGUUUUAAAAAAAAAAAUGCGUUCUGUGUAAUAAGUAUCUAUUGUUUUG